AGAGCGGGGUCAGGAGGGCCGCGGGCUGCUGGCAGAUCAACAACCCAGAUCCUCGUCAGAAGAGCGUAAAGUUCAGUCGGGCAGUCAGAGGACUUUCAGAAAAGCAAUGAUCCCGUUUCUGGAUCUCCUCCUGUUUUUGCCUACGCUCAUCUACUCCUACUUAGAGGCGUUUGUGAAGCUUUUUGCCCCCGUGAGGAGGAAGUCUGUCAGCGGAGAGCUCGUUCUCAUCACGGGUGCUGGCCAUGGCGUGGGGAGAGCGACUGCCUUCGAGUUCGCCAAGCGCCGGAGCAGACUGGUUCUGUGGGACAUCAAUAAGCAUGGCGUUGAGGAGACGGCAGCAGAAUGCGAAAGGCUGGGAGCCACUGUUCAAGCCUUUGUGGUGGACUGCAGCAAAAGGGAGGAAAUCUACAGUGCUGCAGAGAAGGUGAGAAAGGAAAUUGGGGAUGUCACCAUCCUGGUCAAUAACGCGGGUGUGAUUACAGCUGCUGACCUGCUCUCGACUCAGGACCACCAGAUUGAAAGAAUGUUUGAAGUCAACAUUCUUGCUCACUUUUGGACCACAAGAGCUUUUCUGCCAGCCAUGAUGAACAACAACUACGGUCACAUUGUCACGGUGGCUUCAGCAGCAGGUCAUUUUGUCAUUUCCUAUAUGGUGUCUUAUUGUUCAAGCAAGUUUGCUGCAGUUGGAUUUCAUAAAGCUCUGACAGAGGAGCUGUCUACCCUGGGAAAGGAUGGGAUAAAAACUACAUGCCUUUGUCCAGUCUUUAUAAACACUGGAUUUGUCAAAAACCCCAUUGCGAGGCUUGGAAGGAUUUUGGAGACUGAAGAAGUCGUAGAGGCUCUGAUGGAAGGAAUAUUGACCAACCAGAAAAUGGUUUUUGUUCCAUCAAGUCAGCGCUUUGGUUUACUCUUUGAAAGAUUGUUUCCAGAACGUGCCCUGAAUGUUCUGAAAAAGAUGACUCUUGUCAAAUUUGAUGCAGUCGUUGGGCAGAGAAGCACACAGUGAAAAGCAAAAAUUGAUUCUUGUUUCCCAGUGGCAUGAGUGAGAAAAAAAUGUGUGCGGAACACUGUUUGAUGUGCUCUUGUAGUGAGUACCUGAAAUAAUACAGGCUUAUAUGUUCUGUGAUACCUAAUCACAUCUAUCAUGCAUUAGCUUCAUCCAAAUGGCUUCUUCCAAAUAAAUACAGUUCUUUAACACAAA